AUGGAAGAAGAGGAACUCUCUCGUCGUUGGGAGAAUCUCUCACUAUCAAAAGAGGAAAAUACAGUAUUUGUGGCUUCUCCUGAUGAAGCUAUGAAGGAAGGCAUGCAUGGAAAACGAUGCAUAGUAGGAGGGGUCUUGACUGAGAAAGGUUUCAACUUUGAAGCUUUCAGAAUGACAAUGUCUCAAAUAUGGAGACUUGAGGGAUGGGUGAAGUUCAAGGAUAUGGGCGACUUCCGUUUCUUAAUAGAAUUCCAGCUUCUUGAAGAUAAGGAACGUGUCUUGGGUGGUCGUCCAUGGUUCUUCGACAGGAACCUAGUCUCCCUUCAAGAACUAGAAGAAUCUACCCCACUCACUGCGGUGCAUUUUCAGUUUGAACCUUUCUGGGUCCAACUGCAUGGCCUGCCGCUGGCUGUUAUGAAUGCAGACUUUGGAAGCAAGUUUGCUUCAUCGAUUGGUCAUGUGAUCCGUGUGGAAGCUGACUCGGAAGGAAGAGCAUGGGGCAAGUGCCUACGGGUCCGAAUGGCAGUGGACUUGACCAAACCUCUGCUUCGAGGAAAAUGGUUGCAGCUUGAUAACAAGAAGCACUGGAUUCACAUGAAGUAUGAGAGAUUACAGUCUUUCUGCUUUCAUUGUGGAAUCCUAUAUCACAGGACAAAGGGGUGUCAAGCUCAGCGAGGGGCUUAUCAGGGAGGGACCUGGACUGAGGCACCUAACCAUGGAAAGGUGCCUGCUCAGGAGCUCUCCACAGAAUUCCCAAAUAAGGAGGAGGCAGAAACUAAGAAACCAAAAGCUCAACCUACCUGCUCCACUUUUGGAAAUAUCCAAAAGGGGGAGGACCCGACAGCACCUUUAGAGGAUGGCUUGUCAGACUUUGAGAUGGUUUCAGGUUUUCAUGCUAAUAUACCUGAGGGGAGGGCAGCGAUGGUGGACCAGCACCAGAGGAAGCAUGAUCCUGGCAUAUCGACCUCGGUUAGUACCCCAAAACAUUUCAUUUCCCCCCUAAAGUCUCCACCACAAGUGCAGCAUGUGUGUGCUAGCUCUGAGAUGUCAAAGGAAAGGCCUGAUGAGCUCCUAAAGACAAGAGCCACGUGGAAAAGAAGGGCCAGGGAGGCUCACCAAGGGGAGCCCAUUAUGUUGGGCAUGUUAACCAGAAACAGAAGAAAAAGAGGCCCAACAAACCAGGCUGAUGAAGUGACACCCGACAGGAAGAAGAGAGCCAAUCUUGGCCUUGGUACAAAAGGCUUUAAUCCAGAGUUGGUGGAGGCUGCUAUGCAGCCCCACCAACAACAAUGA